AUGGAAGGAGGUAAGUUUUCUCUGAAUUUCUAUUCACUACGUUUUCGCGUUCACAGAAACAUUCCUGAUCUUAAUUGCUUAAUUGGUGCAGACAGGUAAUGCAAACUGUGGCAAAAACUUAAAAAGAGAUGUUUUUAUAUUAUUAUUUAUUUAAAUUAAGAACAUUUCUGGUUUAUUCUCAGUUUGCGCAAGAUUGCGAUUUUCAUAUUAGGAGAGUAUAGACAAGUAUAUAUUUAAAUUCACUAUCAAGUAUGUAAGUAUUUUGGCAAACAAGCAAACUUCUUGCGAGUCCUCUAUAUUUAUUCUACCUUUUUACCACGAAAAAAUGAUUUCAAAAAUUUACCAUCAAUUACCUUGCAUCAUAACGCAAAAAUGCGCGCGCGAACAUUUCACCAGCGUUCGAAGAAAUUAAUUCACGGUGACGCUAACCCAAAGCAAAUUAAAGUUUUCUGAAAGUAUUCCAAUAGUUAAACACGGGAAAAUAUUAACCAUUAUCAUAAGAAAUCUUGGGUUUAGAAUGUUUCAUAUAUCAUAGAUCAACAUGCAUACAAGCGUUUAUCGCCAGCAUAUAAAAUACCGAAAACUGUGUUAGGAAACGAGAUGCCAUGCAUGCAGCCACGUUUUUACAACUAUAUAUACACGUUGACGUGCAUAUUUAUACGUCGGUAUAAUAAACAGCUUUUGUUUUUGUUGUAUUACUUAUUCAACGGACUUGUAUUUAAAUUAAACGGAGUCAAGACGCCAUAUGCAUGGGUGAGUUAUUGGGUUUUCCUCAUGAACUAAUAAUGAAAAGGCUGAGAAUAACAUCAACAACACUAACGAACUUAAAAAUGUGACUGAUUCAUUCAAAACAUUUAAGUAUAAUAUAUAUAACAUAGAUAGUUUUUCGUGAUAUUUACUUAACAAUGACUAAGUUAGACAAAUUGCAAAUUUGCAAUGUAUGCUAUUAAUAUAGAGCUUUUUGUAUUUUGUAGAAAAAAAUUCCGAAAGCGAUAAAUUCGGUAAGUUAAUAAUCGGUUAUUGGUAAAUACGACUGUUGACUGUUGUGUGACACGAGAGUGUGUAUGUCUAACAAAAAUUCUCUUAAAUAUAUAAUAAUCAGUUUUUCUCAUUAUACAGAAAAAAGUUAUCCUUUGAUCCGUGAUCUUGUCGCAAGUUUAUUAAUAGCAAAUGAUGAAAAUGAUAUUUCAGAGACAAAGGUAAGUGAAUGCGAGAAAAAUAGCUCCGUCGGGUAAUCCGCAAUGCCAUGCAAUGUAGAUAUUUGGUAGGAAAUUACCACCACCGCAGCUUUAUUUAAUAAUUAUCAGCGGGUUAUCUAACUAAAUAGUUUUGCAGCUAUUGCAUUGAUGCACCAGGGGGAAAUUUUAUAGCGGUUUGAAAAAGGUCUGAGGAAUAAAAGAUCCCAUGCAGCGAAUAUAAGUUUUAUUAUAGCUGCUAUAAAAGGCUGUGGAAAUAUCGAAAACGAUAAAGUUUAAAUGCCAAACGCGAGUGAAAGUACUCUCAUCCAAAUCCCCCAUGUCCUCUUUUGACGGCGGAACCUUAAAUUGCAAAAUAUUUUGGUUUGAAAAUGAAUAAAUACAGAGCUCGGCAAAAUUAUUCUUAAAUCAUAAAUGAAAUCACAUACAUGCACAUAUUUUUAUAAUCAAAAUUUUAGUAGCUAAAACGUCGAUUCGUGAAAAGGCAGUGAUAAAGAUAAAAAGUGAUACUUAGAGUUUAAAAACUCGACCCAUUACUGCAUGUAUCCUCUUCUGUUAUAAUUUACCAUUACUGCGUGUAUUCUUUUCUUUCUGCCUGUACAUGUAUCCCACAAACCGAAAACCGCACUAAAAUGUCGAGAGUGAGCGGCAUAUUGAAUUUCACUUUUUCCACGACCAUACUCUAUGCAUGAUUUCAGGAAUGUAAUAUAUGUAUUUGGCGAAUUAACAACAUCCAUCCACAUCAAUAUACGAACAACCAUUGCACCCACCGCGUGCCUACCUUUACCAUGCGUCUGUACAACCAAACCUAAUUUUAUAUCCCUAUAUCCCCAACCCAAUCCAUCAUUUCAACAGCGUCCUAAUCGUCUCCUCUCGCUCCGUCAGUCGUGAAAGCAACAAAAAAUUUUACCAUGAAGCGUGAGGAAAAAAUACUGUUUAUCGUUUCAGAACACUUUUCAGCAGAUUCAAAUAUUUACCGUUAAAUACCAAACUUUUUUAUUUUCAGCCCCCUCCCCCCUCCAGACUCCCUUUAGCAUAAAUACAUGAACGUACGGUUAGAGCUCGACAACUUGCCAUGGACUCUGUAGCUCAUUUGGUUGGGCAAGGCCUCAGGUUCGAUUCCUAUGACACUGAGGACCUAUAUUGCAUUUUUCGCAGCUGCAUCAAAUAUUAAGCAGAAAUGAAUAUGUCACGCCUGGCAAAAAGUAGUCCAAAAUCGCCAGAGGUGUUAUAACUUUUUUAAGUUUCAUCCUGAUUGCACGAAAUUUUCCAUAAACAUAGAACAUAUCAUUCUAACAAAUCGUGUAGUUUUUGUUUUUGGAUUUUUUAUUUUUUGGCGGGAAAAUGACGUCACAAACUUGGCGCCAAAAAUUUAAAAAUUAGGAAUGUCUAAUAUUAUUUAUUUAUUUGGAAGACCAUGCUGUAGCAAUCUUGAAACUGAAGUCUGCUUCGAAAUACGACCAUUCGCUGCAAAGAUAGACUGGUUCAAAGUUCGAAAAAUCCGCCAUUUUGUUCUAUUUUUAGUAACAAGAUGGCCGAUUUUUCGAACUUUGAACCAGUCUAUCUUUGCAGCGAAUGGUCGUAUUUCGAAACAGACUUCAGUUUCAAGAUUGCUACAGCAUCGUCUUCCAAAUAAAUAAAUAAAAUUAGUCAUUCCUAAUUUUUAAAUUUUUGGCGCCAAGUUUGUGACGUCAUUUUCCCGCCAAAAAAUAAAAAAUCCAAAAACAAAAACUGCACGAUUUGUUAGAAUGAUAUGUUUUAUGUUUAUGCAAAAUUUCGUGCAAUCAGGAUGAAAAUUUAAAAAGUUAUAACACCUCUGGCGAUUUUGGACUACUUUUUGCCAGGCGUGAUGUGUCCUUGUUCUGCUAAAAUUUGCCCAACUUAUAGUAGAAGUAAUAUAGAGGCCGUUCGACCCUUAUUUUUGAGGAGGAGUGAGGAGGAGGAGUGAGGAGGAGUGAGGAGUGAGGGGCCGUUUGACCCGGAUUUUUGCGGCGGUGGUGGAGGUGGUGGAGUGUGGUGGAGGUGGUGGAGUGAGGAGGAGUGAGGAGGAAUGAGGAGGAGUAAUGACGUCAUUCAUCAUUAACAUACGUCAUAAUUAUAUGCAAUGACGUCACGCGGGCGAGUUUAAACAAGAUCGGCUGAAACUUGCUGACUACGCAUUUUUUAGCGUCCUCUCCACGUGUGUGAUACAAUAGAGGGAUUAAUCUUGGCUUACUAUGAAUAGCUCGAGUCCCUCACAUGGCAAAAUUCGGUUAUCGAAAUUAAUAUAGCAGAGUUAUAGCCGUAUCUUUUCUCGGAAGAGAUAAUUUUCCACGAGUAUAUUGAAGGAUUUUUCGUAUGUUACAUAGCGAGGAAUCUAUUCGUGACAAAAAUAUAGACAUAUUUGAAACAGAACUAAACAGUUGCUAAUCCCGAGUUGUCAACGUCGUUGCUAUGGUCAAUAUUUGCAUGUUGUUCAAUAUUAUUUACCAAUCCUCCUACAUACAUAUAUACUGUUAAGAUGACCGAGUCAGAUCACAAGAAAGUUUAUCAAGAAUAGAAGUUAGAAUUAGAACAGUUGUAAUAUUUUUUUGACACUAUCAUCUGUUAUUUGUAUCAAUAAAACAUGCUUUAAAACUUUACAAACCGGCGUUGCGUUGUUAUGUGUUGCUAAGUCAUCAGCGACGUUUGGGUGCAUGCAUACAUUAAUAUACAAAAUAUUUGUACACUUAUCAGGCGGGCGGGUUCUUCUCGCCAGUUGUCCCAUUCAGCGAGAACUUGUUCCUGAGUUUCAGGUGACCAAGAAAAUGUGUCCACGGCACAAAGCUGGCGAUUGACCUCGUCAUUUUCCAACUCUACCAUGAAAUGGUCUCUCCUCCAUUUAUGAGGGCCACAAGUUCAUUAGUACUUCGUACUAUUAAGUGUCACCCUCUUUAAAUAAAGUUUCUAUCUAUCUAUCUAUCUAUCUAUCUAUCUAUCUAUCUAUCUAUCUAUCUAUCUCUCUAUCUAUCUAUCUAUCUAUCUAUCUAUCUAUCUAUCUAUCUAUCUAUCUAUCUAUCUAUCUCUCUAUCUAUCUAUCUAUCUAUCUAUCUAUCUACAAAAUAUAGAAGUCGAUUACAUACACAAAACUCUUGAUAUUAUAUUAAUUUUCAGUUUAAAUUAAACUUACCAAAUAUUCUCCCGAUGUUGCUGUGCCAUUCUUUCUCAAGUACUUUUCUUUACGAUAAAUUUCACCAAACUUCAACUAAGCGUUGUCAAAUGCAGAACUAUGCUCACUACAAGACGCUUGUCGAUUUUAUACUGACGCUCGUUAAAUCAAACAACCAAUCAUAGUAAGCCAAUCUUAAUCCCUCUAUUGUAUCACACACGUGAAGGGGCGCUAAAAAAUGCGUAGUCAGCAAGUCUUGUCCAAUUUCGCCCGAACAGGCCCGCGUGACGUUAUUGCAUAUAAUUAUGACGUAUUGUAUACUAAUGAGUGACGUCAACUCCAUCACCUCCCUCCACCACACUCCGCCCUUCUUCUGCCCCUCCUCCUCACACCUCCUCCUCGCUUCUCCUCACUCCUCCUCAAAAAUAAGGGUCGAACGGCCUCUAUAUUACUACUUAUAUUGGCUACAAAUAUAUCGACAUGCGUAUACAGCAAACUUUAACGAACAUUGCUGCCCUCAAGAAUUAGGGUCAGAAGUCUAGUGCCCUUUUUAAAUUGCCGAGUGCCCUUGCCGCUUCACGUUAACGUUGUUUCUGGCGCCCGUGAAAAUGGUCAAUAAUUUUCUCACCAUACUUUAGUGCACAUCUUAUCAACAAAAAUGCGUUUCAUUUCAUAAUGCAAACAAUGAAAGUAUAUUAUGAAAUUUUACUGUUUAAUUUAAUAUUCUUUUUCAGCUAACAGAAACAGUUGAGAAUGAUACAAGUAAGCUUCGAUAUACAUUUCAAUAAAAUAUUAUAUUGCUGUGCUGUUGUUACAUUUUAUACAUUGAUCUUAUCCCUUCUUCCUCUUAAACAUUCUAGACUCAAAAGCUGUGUCUUUAAGUGCAAUAAGUGUUACAUUGUAAGUAAUAUUUUGAAAUUAAAGUAAGUAAUGACAUACCUGUCAUAGUGUCAUACCAUGCAUGCAUAAUGCUUGAAAAAUAAUGAAAAUAAGUUAUUUGUAGUUUUGCCUGGCGAGUGUGAAACGUUUUGCCUUUUGCUUUGGUUUACGGAAACACCACGCAUAUCAGUAUGUAUUAUUACAAAGUUCUCAAUCCGUAAGCCUGGAUCUUCAAAUAUAUCUUUUAAUAUACUUUUAGCAUAAGUAGCGAGAGUGCAAUCACUGAAGACAACAAUGAAUACUCCCCAAACCAGGUAAUUAAUUCUGCUUCUUUCUCGUUUUUCGUCAGUCAACUGUGUUUCACACUUGCCUGUUGUAUACUGCAUUUAUAAGAUUGUACAUGGGCACCGGGUCGGUUGCAUAAAACUCUUAUCUGCUAUUUAACUACCCGUUUUGUAGUUACAUUGUAGUUAACUAUAAUGAUUAUCACGUAGUUAAUUGAGUUGGUUGUAUAAAAGUGUGACAGCAGUUAAAAAAGUAGUUAAAAGCCUAUGUUAAAUUAACUAUAUCCAAGAUGUCGUUGACUUCUCAAAACGUAGUUAAAAAUGCCGCUUCGGACGGAAGCUGUUCAGCCCUUAACUGCAUGAAGGCUUCAUGGUGUUAAGGAGUAAACAACGUUUUCAGCAAGACAAUAAUGAAAAUCAACGCUUUCCUGGGAUUUUCAAUUGCUAUCUCCGUGUCACCGUGUAAAUGUUUCCAGGCAGUUAUAAACUCUUAAAAUGCUGUCGCUUUGGCUUUUUGUCGAAAACACAAUAUAUUUUUGUACCGGAAGACUUCACGAAGAUGACGUGUGAUAAGCAUUACGCGAAGAAACGUUGAUAUAUAAUUGCCAAACAGCUGCACUUUGAUUUAACGUAGACAUCUCAUGGAAUAACUGCCUUCUUCUUUGAUUUUUGCCUCAUUUUUCUGUUUAGUUCAUUUCACUAUUGUGAAUCAAAUGCCCGCCUAUUUGCUAAAUGCGAGUCGACAAUGUGUUAAAAAUGCUUAAUGCCAGCGCCCGUUGGCGGUUAAUCACUCCUUAAUUUAUGUAAUAGUUUGUGCUAAUACUAUAUACGGUAGUUAACGCUAACUGCAUUAAACGUACUGAAUUAACUAUGUUUUUUACAACCGGCCCCAGACGUUUCGAGGACCGAAACGAAUUUCCUUUUGGUUUCUUUCUCAAACUAAAUUAAUUGUUCGAUUUUUAUAAUAUCAUUAGUUUUUAUAUUAUCAUUGUAUACUUUAUCCAUAGGGAUGCUUUCCAUGUAGGAAAAUUUCAAAAUCAAUAAGGAAACGUUUCAAGGUAACAAUCUACAUUGUAAUCGUGUGUUGUAAUCAAUGUUCCCUUAUUAAGAUGGGCCGGCUCCCCUUGACUAUGUAAGGCGGGGCAAUGUAAUUAUUUCCGGGAAAAUUCAGAUAUACAAACAAAUAGGAACAGUUUUGGCGUUGCCAUGGCAACCAUGACGUUCUAUCUUUAGCUCUUUUGGUGUGAAAACGUUUCAGAACAUUUAUCUCGAUGUUUGGCUUUCACAUUAACCAACUUGUAUCUGCUAUCAUAAAAUAUUUAAAAACAACUUCCCGCAUUUGUUUAUUAGGCCGAGAAAUUAAAUCUCCAUUCUAAACCAUUCUAUCCCAUGCAUCUAACAAUUAACUUCGACUACAACCUCCGAAUUAUGACGAACUUUGCGAACUUAAUAUGUAUUAAGUUCAGCGCAUGUGCAUGAUAAGCGCGAUGUUUGAACUAUGCCUUAGAAUCAGCAGCUAGGAAAUAGGCUCUACGAAUUCAAAGGUUCUUCACAUUAUGGCAUAACUAAAUUGCCAACCUUCCAGUGCACACAAUAUUAAUCACUAUAAUUUGAAAAAGUGUUAAUUCUUUAUUUUCUAUUUGAAAGCGGAAAAUUUCCAAGAAAAAGUAUCAAACUGAUUCCUCUAAAGAGAACAAGUAAGUUUUCCGGUAAUUUUUCACGACUAUGGUUAAAUUUAAACUAAUUUCUAGCGGUUACGUAGCCAGAUGCCAGGAGCCGGAGCUAAGUACACGUGAUGCAUGUGUUGAAGAUAUUUUCUUAUAGAUCCUUUAUUGCUUUACUAUAUCUCUCACAUUUCACAAAUAAAUUAUAUUCUUUCAUAUUCUUUCAUUCUUAGUUCUCUCUUUGCAUAUUUCCUUCAAAACGCGCUAUUUAACCUUCCGCUCGCUAUUCACGUUUUUUUCGCUACUAACUUGUGUGCUACUUGUCAAUUUUGGGACAGAAUACAAAUUUUAGUUAGAUUUCGUAAUACAAAAAUACGUUAAUGUUAUAAACCUUGUAUUUAGGUACUAAUCAUUUGAAAUGUUAAUCGUUACAAUUUACCAAUUGAAGAAUAUUUGUUUGGGUUGUUUAUCUUUCCGAAAAACAUAUGACAUAUACAGUGUAUAAUCAGAUAAUUAUCUUAUAUAACUGAUGUUAACGUUGUUUAGUAUAAUCUCGACACCAAGCAAGACUGACGAGGAAAGUAAAAAGAGAGAAAACAAGGUAUUUUGUAAACAAUUAUAGAAACAUUAAUUUAUGUAACUUCAAUAAUUCAAACAGUCUCGAAUUACAUCGUCGCUUCAUGUGAUCCCCGGCCCGGGGCGAGGGUAUACUAAUUCCGCCCGGCUAUUUACACCCAGGGAAAGGAAAGCACUAUCAAGGAUCGCGGGCGCAUGACUAUGAUUCAUGGGAGGACCUCACUUAUCUAAAAAAUAUGGCUGUUUGCCAAGAGUGGGAUAAGCAAGAUUUCAAUUAGUUUCAAAACCAUAUAGCUAUUUGGAAAAUCACGUUUCCCACAAUGAGCUUUGAAGCUAUUUUUGUUUGAAGAAAUGAGAAGAAUUUAUUGACCAUGGAAAAUAUGGCAAGUUUGCUUUGAUUGAUUAAUGUUUAUGAAUUUUGUUGCUUUAACUUUUGCCUAAAACAUGAACUAUUUUCCUCUCCAACGAAGCUGUAAGUUUCCUAACUAAAUUAUCCUGUUUAAUUUAAUUAAAAAAAAAAUUAGAAUGUAAACGAGCUGAACAAAUUGAUUUGAAGAUGGAAUUGAAAUUACCGAACAAUUUACACUUAUUAGCCUAUGUUUCAUUAUAAAGUAAAAACAAUUUAUCGGCAAGACGGCAAAACGGAUGUAGUUUUAACAUAGGAAGCUCAAACAAGCGGGUUUAUUAAAUAAAAUCCGUAAUUAAAACGCCUGAGUAUGCAAUUAGCAAUAAAAUUGCUGUUAGAAUCAUGCACGUAGGGUACUCCGAUCGCACUGUGAUUUGACUAUAUAUUUAGUGACGUAUCCUACUAUGUUACUGUAUGAUAUACUAGCAGGAUAUACAGUAGGACAGCCCGAGAAAAAAUAUUGAUGUUACUCUCCUUCGAACACGUUCUAUUGCUUCACUGAGGCAUAGAGAUAAAGCAAAGAUAAACACUUCACUAGCAUACCCGAGAAUUGGCCUAACUCAUGACGAGAAAAAAAUUAAUGAUUUCCUUCGAAUAUACCUUUGCACGCUUUAAUUGAACAACAAUUAAGUGAAUUCGCUUAUUGGCCUUUUCAAACUAUUCUCUGUAACAUGCAUGGAUCACUGUAGAUCAUCACUGAUAGUAAGCCCAUGAAGGUUCGCUUGACUUCAAAGCACUUAGCGCUAACCGCGGGUUAAAUUUAACGCAUUAUAUUGGUUUAUGUAUAUCUGUACGUCUAUUUAUUUCAAAACUUUCGAAAAUUAAACUCCUCAUGUUCGAGACAAGAUUUCUGAAAACAUAUUUCCAAGUUUAUGAACAUGGUGCUCAGUUGGAAGUAUGCUUUAAAUUUCACAAUAACCCAGGGUUAAGGUAACCGGCGUAUGAACAACCGACCUCCGGUGUUAACUGCAUGAACACUAGGAAACGGUAUUCUGGUUUUAUGGAACUGGAUUAACAGUUCUUUACAUUUCUCAUCGUGCAGUUUGAAUUUGUUUUGGUCAGUCCAUGUCACGUGGCAUUAGUUUCCAACUAAAUUUUACUGGGUUCAUUGUUUUGGACAACUUCAGAGGUUGUCGUGUAAUCUAUAUAAUUAUUUCCAGUAGCUAAAGUCUGACAGAUUUGGGCCGUUUAUAAUAAGGAUAAAGAGCGACGCGGUCCCAGCUUUGCCCCUUGUAAAAUACCACAAGGAUCGGAACAUCUCAUCAUUCAGAUACAAUCCCUUAAAAGUUUAAUUAGGCCUAACUCGCUAGCAGUCGCUGCAUCCGGUUAGUUAGAAAAUCGAUGAGCCAAUUAAUAAUAGGUGGUGAAAUAGUAUAAGCUGGUAGUUUUUAUUAUCCAACAUCAAACAAUUAUUGUAAAUGACUUCGAAAAUCAAUCUUAAAUUUUAGUAAUAACUGAAAUUUUACUUCAUCUGAAUAGGAAAAUUCCUGUAAAGAUGGACCCGGCGAACCAACCUCCUCUGGAGAGCACAAGUACGUUACUUAAUUUGUAAUAAAUUGAACUCAUUAAAAUCUAAUUGUAUUAUUUUAUAUGACUUAUGAAAAAAUAAGUAGUAGUAAUUUUAUUAUUAUACAGUAUGAAGGACUCAAAUUUUGUUCAUAGCAUUUUUCAUUUUCUUUAAUUAAUCAAAAUAUUCAAUAUCGAUGAAUUAAUUAAAUGAACAUAUGUACCUUCGGAAGAGAUUAAUUCGCCUGAAAUUCAACUAAUUUUUCCUUUAAAAUAUUCAGGAGUGACUGGCAGAAUAAAUUGGUGGCAGUGGAGGAUGAUGUCCCUCAAUGCAGUGAGGUAUGAAUUACAGUAGUUUCAUAAACCAUGACGUUUUAUCUUUUGCUUUUUGUUGUGAAAACUUCUCAAAACAUUCAACUAGAAGUUUCACAUUAACCAACUUGUAUCUGCCUGCACUACGUGUCAAUUAAUUUUAUUACAUUCAGAAAAUAAAACACUAGCUAUACGUCAAUUAAGUUGAAGUAAAUAUAUAAAAACAACUUUCCGCAUUUGUUUAUUAGGCCGAGAAAUUAAAGCUUCAUUCUAUAAACCAUUCUAUCCCAUGCAUCUAACAAUUAAGUUCGACUUCCAUCUCCGAAUUAUGCCGGAACUUUGCGAACUUAUUUGUAUUAGGUUCAGUGCAUGCGCAUGAUAAGCGCGAUGGUUGAACUAUGCCUUACGUCUAUAUUAACCGUGUUUAUAUAAAAUUCAGUAGCAGCUAGGCUCUACGAAUUCAACGGUUGUUCACAUUAUGACAUAAUUUAAUUGCCAACCUUCCAGUGCGUACAAUAAUUUGAAAAAGUGUUAAUUCUUUAUGGUUGGUUUCUUUCUCAAAAUAAAUUCAUUAUAAUAUUAUUCAAUUUUUAUAUAUCAUUGUUUUUGAAUCGCUUACUUUAUCCAUAGGGAUGCUUUCCAUGUAGGAAAAUUUUAAAAUCAAUAAGGAAACGUUUCAAGGUAACAAUCUACAUUGUAAUUAUGUGUUGUAAUCAAUGUUCCCUUAAGGUUGGCCGGCUCCGCUAGAGUUCUCCAAUAUAAGGCGGGGCAAUAUGGUAUCAAGUUAUAUGGUACCAAGAAUGCGUUACGCCUCUUAUGCUUUUCAAAUCUUACUUAUCAGAUCGAUCUCAGCACGUUAAAAUAUCUAAAGUAUGGAGUUACCCAGGGUUCAAUAUUGGGUCCACUUCUGUUCUUAAUUUAUAUCAAUGAUUUACCGAACUGCUUACAACACUCUACAGCACGUAUGUUCGCGAUGAUAGGUAAAUCAAUUAAAGAAGUUGAGGUGGCCGUUAAUGCUUAUCGCAAUAAUAUCAGAGAAUGGCUUCUAUCAAACAGGCUUUCUCUUAAUUAACCUAGUCAAAACGGAAUGUCUUUUGAUUGGAUCACGAUACAAUAUUAACACAUUGGAUGAACAACUGCGUGUUUUUAUUGGGGAUGAACCAAUUAAAGGGGUUCAUUUUACAAAAGCUCUUGGAGUCAAAAUUGAUCAAUUUUUAACUUGGGACAGUCGUAUUGACCAAACUUCGAAAAAAAAUCUUCUGGAAUAA